CCACCAAAUAUGGUAACAUCCGGGACAUGCACCGUUAAGCGGAAAUUGACGCCCGCCAGAAAUUUGACAACAGAUAAUAAAAUCUCAUAACAUCAACGACUUUGAAGCACAAUGGAUGACGACGUUGCAGCAGUUGUUAUAGAUAAUGGUUCGGGAAUGUGUAAAGCAGGUUUUGCCGGUGACGAUGCUCCAAGAGCUGUUUUUCCGUCUAUAGUCGGACGACCCCGGCAUCAGGGUGUCAUGGUUGGUAUGGGACAAAAGGACAGCUAUGUUGGUGAUGAGGCCCAGAGCAAGAGAGGUAUCCUCACUCUUAAAUAUCCCAUUGAGCACGGAAUCGUCACUAACUGGGAUGACAUGGAGAAAAUCUGGCACAACACCUACUACAAUGAGUUGCGUGUGGCACCUGAAGAGCACCCUUCCCUCCUCACUGAAGCUCCUCUUAACCCUAAGGCCAAUAGAGAGAAGAUGACUCAGAUUAUGUUUGAAACCUUCAAUGCACCUGCAAUGUAUGUUGGUAUCCAAGCUGUGCUUUCACUGUACGCCUCUGGUCGUACAACAGGUAUAGUCCUGGAUUCUGGUGAUGGUGUCUCCCACACUGUUCCCAUAUAUGAAGGCUAUGCUCUUCCUCAUGCUAUUCUACGACUUGAUUUGGCUGGGCGUGACCUGACAGAUUAUCUCAUGAAAAUUCUGACAGAGAGAGGAUAUUCUUUCACAACUUCCGCAGAAAGAGAAAUUGUAAGAGACAUAAAAGAGAAACUCUGCUAUGUUGCUUUGGAUUUUGAACAGGAAAUGGCCACUGCUGCUUCCUCCUCUUCCCUGGAAAAGAGUUACGAGUUACCAGAUGGGCAGGUCAUUACAAUAGGCAAUGAGCGGUUCCGCUGUCCAGAAGCCAUGUAUCAGCCAUCUUUUCUUGGAAUGGAGGCUUGUGGUAUUCAUGAAACCACUUACAAUGCAAUUAUGAAGUGUGAUGUUGACAUUCGAAAAGAUCUAUAUGCCAACACAGUUUUGUCAGGAGGAUCAACAAUGUAUCCUGGAAUAGCAGACAGGAUGCAGAAAGAAAUCACCGCUCUAGCUCCAAGCACCAUGAAGAUCAAGAUUAUAGCUCCACCUGAGCGAAAGUAUUCUGUAUGGAUUGGUGGAUCCAUUUUGUCCUCUCUGUCUACUUUCCAGCAGAUGUGGAUCAGUAAGGCGGAGUAUGAUGAAAAUGGUCCUAGUGUUGUACACAGGAAGUGCUUCUAAGUUCUGGUAUUGUUCUUCGUGUAAAGCUCAGGUCUCGAGCAUACAGAAUGAGGUGAUUCGUCCAAAACAUUUUAAACACACAUUUUUGAUUUCAAUGAUAUUGUAAUAUGCAUGCAAUUGUAACAAUUUAAAUAUCAAAUGCUACUGUUGACUUUUGCAUAAUACAAACAUCAUUAUGAAAUCAAAUGAAACAUGUUUGAGUUUGAUGAACUUUUAAUAUCUUUAUCAGUGAACUUAGGUGAUGUUUUAAAAGCAAGUUGUACAAUAAAUGUUUUCCUAUGCUUUGUAAAACAUUGUUUGUUUGAAUUAAAAAAAUGUUUAUUUUGCAGAA